AUGGAUCUGAACGACUUGGCGUGGGUGCUGCAUUCGAUGGCAGUCUUGAACCACUACCCUUUCCUCCUCGUGAGCACCCUGCUGCAGCGAGCCGGCCGGCAGCUGCCGCGGCUCGCCCGCCCACGGCCGUCGGCCGCCAGCGGGGCUGAGGGCGAGAGGGAGUGCGAGCCGCAGGAACGGGCGCUGCCCCGCGGACUAGUCCGCCUGCUUUGCGCCGCGGCCGCGCUGCGGCACUACGACCCGGGCCUGCUGGACGCUGCCGCUGAGCUGGCGCUGCGCUCUGCCGCGGGUGCGACGGACAUCGGCGCGCUCAGCACCCUGCUGACAGCAUACGCCCAUGUCGGCCACCCCCACGAGCGCCUCGCGUGCGCCGCAGCGCGUGCCCUUGCGGCGCCGGGCGCCGCGCGGCGCGCGAGCUCGGCGACGCUUGUCGCCGCGGCGCGCGCGUUUGCGUACCUCGGGUUCCACGAUGAGGGCGCGUUUGCGGCGAUUGCAUCCGAGUGCGACGCCCGCACCGCCGCGGCGCCCGUCGGCGCGGGGGACGGCUCAGAAUGUGUUCCGGCGGGCUCGCAGUGGCUGGGGGAGUUUGGGGGCCAAAAGGAUCUGUCUUCGCUGCUGCUGGUGGGUGGUGCGUGA